CCCGUAAUAUAUAAAAUGGCAACAGCAUUAUAACACAGCGAAAAGCGAACGAAAUUGCAUAUUUUGAAUGUUUUAAAUGAAAAGAAAUGUGUAAUCCACAUAAAUUGCGUAUAAACUGCGAUAGAAUGAUGAUUUAGUUGUAUAUACGAAACAUUCUGUUCGGAAAAUUGAAUUUUUCGUACCAUUAUCAUUGUUGACUUGUUUAUCAGUGAACUCAGUGCCACUAUCAAGUUAACGUGAUUGGCUGAAACAUGUAUUUACGCGAAUUUCGUUAUCUUUAUACGGUCUUUCUCGGCACUAUUUAGAUCCAUGAUUAUUAUAAAAAACGUGAUUAAAUAUCUUCAUUCCAUUCUUGUUCUCUCUCCAUUGCACUUGGUUUAUUCUUCUCUCAAAACAAUUAUGUCUAGUGGCGAUGAUUGUAAACGUGACGGCUUGAGUGCCGAAGAAUUAUUUGGUGCCGGUGAUGGAUUGACCUAUAAUGAUUUCUUGAUACUACCUGGCUAUAUUGAUUUUUCUGGUGAUGAAGUGAAUCUGACUUCUCGUUUGACUAAAAAAAUAACUUUAGAAGCACCUCUUGCCUCUUCUCCUAUGGAUACUGUCACUGAGUCAGAAAUGGCCGUAGCAAUGGCACUACAAGGUGGUAUUGGUAUCAUUCAUCACAACUGCACCCCAGAAUUUCAAGCUAGUGAAGUUAUGAAAGUUAAGAAAUACAAGCAUGGUUUUAUCCGGGAUCCUAUUGUUUUAAGUCCCAAACAUCGCCUCAGGGAUGUUUUUGAUGUAAAAAAGACUAGAGGUUUUGCUGGUGUGCCCAUUACAGAAAAUGGAGAACUUGGUGGAAAACUUGUGGGGAUAGUAACAUCAAGAGAUAUUGAUUUCUUAGGUGAAGAGAUGUAUGAUACUCUUCUUUCUGAGGUAAUGACCAAGAGGGACGAUUUAGUCUGUGCCAAAUCUGGUGUAACUUUAAAAGAAGCUAAUGAAAUACUUCAAAGAAGUAAAAAAGGUAAAUUACCUAUCAUUAAUGACAAGGGUGAAUUAAUUUCUUUGAUGGCCAGAACUGAUCUUAAAAAAAGUAGAAGUUUUCCUCAUGCAUCUAAGGAUGAAAAUAAACAAUUGUUGGUUGGUGCAGCUAUUGGAACUAGGGAACAUGACAAGGAAAGGUUAAGACUUCUUGUUCAAGCAGGAGUCGAUGUUAUAGUUCUGGACUCAUCUCAGGGCAACUCAAUUUACCAAAUUGAUUUAAUCAAAUACAUGAAAAAGAAUUAUCCUAAUGUGGAAGUUAUUGGUGGAAAUGUGGUAACAACUGCUCAGGCUAAAAACUUAAUUGAUGCUGGAGUGGAUGGUCUUAGAGUUGGUAUGGGUAGUGGUUCCAUUUGCAUAACUCAGGAAGUGAUGGCUUGUGGACGACCACAAGCAACUGCUGUUUUUAAAGUUGCUCAGUAUGCAAAGAAACAUAAUGUUCCCAUUAUUGCUGACGGAGGAAUUAAAUCCAUUGGUCACAUAAUUAAAGCUUUAGCUUUGGGAGCUUCUACAGUCAUGAUGGGUUCACUUGUUGCUGGUACAACAGAAUCCCCUGGAGAUUACUUCUAUUCUGAUGGGGUUCGUCUUAAGAAAUUUAGAGGAAUGGGGUCAUUGGAUGCUAUGGAUUCUAAGCAGGGUCAAGGAAGUAGAGAUCGUUAUUUUGCUGGUGAUCAAGAUAGAGUUAGAGUUGCACAAGGAGUAUCUGGUACUAUCCCAGAUAAAGGCUCCAUUCAUAGAUUUGUACCUUAUCUAAUUACUGGAAUGAAAGCUAGUUUCCAAGACAUUGGAGUUAGAAACGUAACUAUUUUGAGAGAACGCAUGUACUUAGGGGAAUUGAGGUUUGAAAAAAGGACAAUUUCAGCUCAGAAUGAAGGUGGUGUACAUGGACUUCACUCAUUUGAGAAGAAAUUAUUUUAAUGUGCAUUUGCUGUGAAAUCAUACGAAUCAUUAAAGUGCUAAAAUCAUUUCUUUAAAGAUAAAGCAACUACAUAUCACCUUGGAAGUUGCACUUGUUGUUCAUUUCAAUUUAGACUAAUUUGUGUACAAUUUUGUCACAAAAAUCAAUGUAUUUGUUUUUUUUUUUAUAUAUAUAUCAAUGUGUCACAAUUUGACCUAGAUAAUAAUUUAUAGAGUUAUUACGACAUAUCUUGUAUAUGAUGAAUUGUUUUUAUUUUAAAUAUUUGUUUGUUUUUUUAUAAUUAUGAGCUUUACCUAAAGCUGUUGCUGUUCUCAGUACAGACUUAAAGAAAUUCCAACUUUUUAUAACUAUAAAAUAAAUUUUAUUUUCUGAAAAGUAUAUAAAUAUAUAAUAAAGUGUCAAUGACUGUAUUUAAAGAAGAAAAAAGCUGAUACUUACACUGACUUCUCUUGUUUUCCAAUAAAGAGGAAAUUACAGCUGUAGAAUUAAAAAUAAACAUUUUAAGAUACGUAGACUGUAAUUUUCAUGAGCUUAUUUUGUGAUAUUUAUCAGUUUUUUUCCUUAAGUGUAUUAACCAACUUAGGUUUGACUUUUCCAUGCAUUUUGUCACCUUGUGAAAAAUUUAAAACCAGAAUAUUUGUAAAUUAUACUAAUUUGCACUUUGUGAUAAAUAAAAUCAAUGUUUUUGUAAAAUGGAGGCUUUUAUUUUUAUCCUUACUUUAUUUUAUUUGUUGGUUAGUUUAAAGCUAAAGAAAAAUGGUUUGACUUUGGACAGUUGACCUUGCGAAGCUAAACACAGGUGGCACUAGGGGUUAAAAUUGGCCGUAAGACUUCCGGAUUGCUACUUAUGAAUGAUUUUUACGUCUAGGCUUGAUUAUUAAACUUGUAGUGUUUGCAAUAUUACGCACUCUUUCAAUUUUACUUUCAACGAACCCAAUAACAAAUUAAUUCGGAAGACAUUUAAUCUUUACCUAUUUUAUAAUGAUUAGAUUCUUCCAAACAGCCUUUUAAAAUUAAGUUAAAUAUAACUUAUAUUUUAAAUCCUUUCACAUUACAGAAAUGGGUAAAUAAAUGUUAAAGAAUCAAAUAAAACAGCAAUUUCACUCAAUUCAAUAACAAAAGAUUUUUUUUACCUUCUUUAUAAUGAUUAGAUUCUUCCAAACAUCCAUUAAAAAUUGUAAGUUAUAACUUAUAUUUUUAAUUCCUUAAACAUUUCAUCCUCGAAUAAGAAAGGACGAGUUUGUGUAUUUCAAUCUUAUAACUUCAGAACCUGGGCCCUGAUUUUAGACGAUGGCCUUUAAUAGCAAAUUCAGCAUGUAAUUUCUUUCAGAAAUUUUGAUUGGUAUCACUCGAGCAAGAUGAGGGAAAAACGAUUUUUCUCUUAGCGCAGCUAGAGGUCUAGAUAACGUAAAAUGCACAGCUUUAUUCAUUGUUGCAAAUUACACUGUUUUUUUCAACAGUGAAAUUUGUCGUCUCCUGUUGAAUCAAAAAUGAGCUUUAUUGAACAUUCUUAAAUAAUUAUUUAUUUUUGAUUUAUUAAGUCAAAUGAAAUAAAAGUAGAUGUCAUAUGAGGACGACUUCACUGAAUUAGUAAUACGAAUUUUAAAACUGUUUGAAAACACGUUUUUAAUUUGUUUUUAGUAAGUUUUAAAUUGCUGCAAAUACAAUGCCUGCUUUUUAAUGCUUAAACGGAAUAUCUACUUCUCCCUAGAAAUAAGAGUAUUUUCUUUGCUUUUGCUGCACUAUGAGUAUAAAUAUACAUUAAGAUACAGUAAAAUAAAUUAAUAACUGUCAAUUAAAAAUCUUAAUUAUAAUAAGUGUCAUGAUUUUAAUGAGCAUCGGCUCCUAUGUCAAAUGAAUUGACCUAAAAUUGGAUGUUUUGGCUUUUUUUUUUAAAUAUCUAUACGAAUACAAAGGUAAUACCUAUACGAAUAUUAGUCUUUGGUUCUGUUUGUGUCCACAAACAUUCUGCAAUUGACAAAAGUGUUAAUAUUUAAGUUGUACAUUUCACAUAAAAUGAGUUCCAUUAUGAUGUAUUUUGUUUCAAAUAUGCUUACUUAACCUAUGGUUAAAGUUGACCUAAAUUGUCAACUUUGUCAAAAUUAAUGCUGAAGAUAUGUUUUGAUAACAUUCUUAUUUGAAUAAAGGCCACUUCCUUGA